AUGGCUGUGUUUGAGUGCUACAUGACUCAGCAUGGCGCCCCCCAUCCCCCCACAUCUCCUUGUGUGGUGACCCCGCCCCCAGGGAGCCAGACUGUGAUGAAGGAUGAAGCACGGUGGCCCGGCUCCAAAUCAGAGCCCCGCUUUGUCAUCCCUCGUUCGGGAAAGGAGGAAAACGAGAGGAAGUCCAGUGACUAUGGGACAACCUACACCAAGCUCAACCUGGUGCCAGGCACCACCAUCGUGGUGACCAGCUUCUACAUCUGUCCCACCAACAAGAAAAAGGUGAUCCUGGUCAGUAACUCCAUAAACGAGAGGGACCAGAUGCUCUUCAUGAGUACGGACGAGGGCUCCUCUUUCCAGCGGCAGACUCUGUCCUUCACCCCCGACACGCUUCUCUUCCACCCCAAGGAGGAGGACAAGGUCCUGGCCUACUGCAAGGACGGCUCGCUCUACGUCUCCACCGAUUUGGGCCGCAAGUGGACGUUACUACAGGAGCGAGUCACCAAAGACAGGGUGUUCUGGUCUGUCUCUGGGGUGGACGUCGAUCCUGACCUGGUCCACAUGGAGAUGCAAGACACAAGUGGAGGCUACCUGUAUGUGACCUGUCUGAUCCAGAACUGCUCCGACAAGCUGGUGACGGCUCAGUUCCUGGGGAAGAUCGACCACGGCUCCCUUUCCGUCCAGGAUGACUACAUCUUUGUCAAGGUGACCACGGGAAACCGCACCAAGCACUACGUCUCAUACCGGAGGAACGAGUUUGUCCAGAUGAGGUUCCCCAAGUACGCCCUGCCCAAGGACGUCCAGAUCGUGAGCACAGACGAGAGCCAGGUGUUCCUGGCGCUGCAGGAGUGGUACCAGACGGACACCUACAACCUGUACCUGUCAGACCCCCAGGGGGUGUACUACUCCAUCGUCCUGGAGAACGUACGCAGCGCCCGGCAGCCUGAGGAGAACACGCUCAUCGACAUCCUGGAGGUGCGAGGGAUCAGAGGGGUUUUCCUGGCCAAUCAGAAGGUGGAGGGCAAAGUGACAACCCUCAUUACCUACAACAAAGGCCGCGACUGGGAGCCUUUGGCCCCGCCCACCACUGAUAUGAACGGCAAACCAGUCAGCUGCAAACUGCCUGACUGUCACCUGCACCUCCACUUGCGCUGGGCGGACAACCCUUACGUGUCCGGGACCGUCCACACCAAAGACUCCGCCCCCGGACUCAUCAUGGGCGCAGGUAACCUGGGCUCUCAGCUGGUGGAGUACAAGGAGGAGAUGUACAUCACGUCGGACUGUGGCAAGACCUGGAGACAGGUGUUUGAGGAGGAGCACCAUAUUCUGUAUCUGGACCAUGGCGGGGUCAUCGUAGCCAUCAAGGACACCUCCAUCCCCCUCAAGAUCCUCAAGUUCAGUAUUGACGAGGGGCGAACAUGGAGCAUCCAUAACUUCACCAGCACGUCUGUGUUUGUGGACGGACUACUGAGCGAGCCAGGGGACGAGACGCUGGUCAUGACGGUCUUUGGGCACAUCAGCUACAGGUCGGACUGGGAGCUGGUGAAGGUCGACUUCAGACAGUCUUUCCCUCGACAGUGCACAGAGGCAGAUUACGAGUCCUGGAAACUCACUGACCUGCAGGGAGAGAAGUGCAUUAUGGGCCAGGAGAGAAGCUUCCGUCGGAGGAAGGAGACAGCGUUCUGUAUCAAGGGUCAGAGCUACACCUCUGCCCUCACCUCUAAACCCUGCCCCUGUACUGAGAAGGACUUCAACUGCGACUAUGGCUUUGAGCGCGCCCAGACUCUGAAGACGGAGGGUGAGCGCUGCUUCGCUGACUUCUGGCACGACCCCGAUGCCCCCCCAGAGGACUGCCAUCUGGGACACACCUACGAGUCCAGCACAGGGUACAGGAAGGUGGUGUCGAACGUGUGCGAGGGAGGGGUGAACAAGCAGCAGAGCUCCAAGCAGCACCCCUGCCCUAUCCUCCCGCCCAGCGGACUGCAGCUGGGCAUCAAGGGCCAGAUGCUGGCCGUGGCGCCAGGCGACGACAUCACCUUCAUCAUCCACCAGGAAGAGGGCGACACGGGCAGUACCAAGUACCAGGUGGACCUGGGGGACGGGGUCCGGGCCAUCUACCAGAACCUGACGGUGACAGAUGAGCCCAUCCAGCACCGCUACGAGAGGCUGGGGGUCUACAGGGUCACGGUCAAGGCAGAGAACAUGGCUGGACACGACCAGGACACCAUAUUCAUCCAGGUCACAGCCCCCCUACAGGAAGUGCACCUGGAAGUGGUUCCCAUAGCCGGACAGAACCAGGAAGUAAACCUGACCGCUGUGGUCUUACCUAGGGAGGCUAACAUGACUGUGUUCUACUGGUGGAUAGGCGACAGCCUGCAGCCCAAGCUCACCCUGGAGAGCAGCCUCCUAACCCGGUUCCCCGACACGGGCGAGGUGUCGGUCAGCGUGCAGGCCUCCAGCGGACGCUCCAUGGUCCAGGACACCAAGACCGUCCGCGUCUACGAGCACUUCCAGGUCAUCCCCCUGAGUUUCAGCAGCAACCUGGACAGGUUCAACCCUGACAUCCCAGAGUGGAGGGAGGACGUGGGCCAGGUGGUCACCAAGACACUGGCCAAGAUCACCGGCAUCCCCCAGGAGUCUCUGGUUACCAUGGUGAAGCCGGGCCUGCCCACCAGGGCCGACCUGUACGUCCUGCCGCUGGAGAGCAAACAGGCCAAGAGGAGCGUGUUUGUGGAUAAGCGUGUGCCAGCUAUCAAGCAGGCGUUCAAUGAGAACAACGUGAGCUUUGUGGUUCGGGGAGGCCUCCUGGUGCUGGUGACCCUCGCUGACCCCAACGCAGGAGUAGUAACAAAUGCCUGGUCCACAAGAGAGACCGACAAGCGCGUCUCUGACCACAGUUCUGGAGGGGGCGUGGCCGGGCCUGGCCUGUGGGCUUUGGCCGUCAUCUUCCUCAUCGGCCUCAUCGCCUCGGGCUCCUUCAUCCUCUACAAGUUCAAGAGUUCCUGGCUCAGGACUGAGGACGCCUAUCCGCCGCUGUUUUUCAGGAAGCUGCCGGGCCGGAACGUGUACGCCCAGAUGCACAACGAGAAGGAGCAGGAGAUGACCAGCCCGGUGAGCCACAGCGAGGACACGCAGCACAUCAUCCAGGGGGAGGAGUUCAUCGACGACGACCUGGACUCCCAGACUCUAGGAAACCAUUCGGGCGUGGUCCUGAGCAUCAACUCCAGAGAGCUGCACAGCUACCUGACCAGCUGAUGGGCCCGCAGCGUGCUAACGUGCUAACAGGCUAGCCAGCUAACGAGCACAGGGACUCUCCUCUCUACUCUGCCUUCUUCAGCCCUGCCCAACCCCCCACCCCCCACACACCCGGCCCUUUCCAGACCCUCCCACUCCCUCAAGAACGAGGAGGAGAAUCCAACAUGGCGAUGCGGCCAAGAAGAAGUUUGUCCUCCAUCUCCUCCAACUUCCCUCUUCCCCAGGGCUCUCCCUUGUUCACUCGCCCUGUGGAGCCCAGAGGGACGACUCUCCUCCUCCUCCAGCUGCCCUCGCUCCUUAACUCUCUCUCUCCUCCACAACGUCCCCCGGGGGCUGGGCCACUUUGCUUUCCCCCCCCCCCAGUGUCCUUUGCACCUUGUGUCGUGUUUUGCUCAGUGUGUUCUCAUUGGCUAACUCCGCUGAUCUGGAGGCGGGACGCGGGCCAGUCAGUGCAGAGAGAGAUACGAUGACAUCACGCGAUGUUGUGACACUUACUUCCUGUAUCUGUUGUCAUCUACGACCACUGCCUCCCUUAGACACGCACCAGAUUCACAGACCAGGACAGGGUAGUCCCCACCACAGGUAAGAUGAGACUGUGACCAAAAGGCCAACUGUAACAGCCUGUUUUAUGGGCCCGUUAGCAGAAUGCUAAGCUGAUUCCAGACAUGGGCAACAGGAGUCCUUCUGAUCAACCUCUUUUUCCCUCUCUGGUUGAAGCAAGAGGCUCUGAUGAGUUUGUGCCCAUUUUUCAUUUGACAUUGUCUCUUUCUCUCACUCUCUAUAUCUGUCUUGUAUCUCUCUCUCUUUAAGUCUGUACAUUUCUCUCUGAAACACGCUCCUCAUUGUCUUCAAAAUUACAUGCAAUAAUGCUCUUUCUCAGGAAAGAAUUACAUCGGAUGCCCCUUUUAGAAUUAGCAGACUCCAUUGGAAAAGAACCCAACUGAAACAGACUGUGGCCUCGUGUCUGCAGUUACCGUUACGGUCACUAGGGGGUGGUGUUGCACUUUGAUGAAUUCCCAAACAGUACUUAAAACAUGAUGCAUUUGGUGGAAUCUUUAUAUACAGGAAUUUAUUUUACUCAAACCGUCUUUCUUUUCACAGUACAAACUCGCUCGUUUGGUCGGUUAUGAAAUCUUUGUCUCCUUUGGUGUUUCAUGGUUCUCGGUGAAUACUGUGAGGUACUGUGCAAGGACGUUUCAGUCCAGUUUGUGUGAUUGUGUAGAAUGACCAGCACCCAGCAUGUCCACCCCCCUGGUAGAGCCUAUCACCGUGCCCAAACCAAGCAGAGUCCUGCUCCCUUGGACAUUCAUUAUUUGGGAACUUACUAACAGUUUGACGCCCCCUAACCACUGCUAAAUGUACCCCCUCUCCCCCCCCUCCGGAGACCAGGUUGUUGUCAUGGAAACAAAUGGGCAUGGCUGUCUUUUUUUUUUAAUGAGCCUAUAUUAGGCAUUGGCCAGUGGUGGUGUAUGUCUCCGUAGAAUUUGGUUUUAUUGUACAUAUAUGUGUAUAUAUGAGCGACGACAGCCGUCUGUACAUAGGCCCACGUGCACAGGACUGUGAGGACUUUACUCUAAUACCAAAACACACCCUUUUUUCGUUCUUCUCAAGCCCCCAUCCUCGGUUGAAAACUUCAACA